GGGAGAGAAACGUUUUGGUGCAGUGGACCCAGAGGAUAGUACUACUACUGCUUGCUUUUGCACAAAGACGCGCGUCCGGUCGGGUUUUUAAGCUGCAGUCCACUUCACGCCAACUGCAGUGCCACAAAACUGCGAGAGGAAAUGAGUCCGUCAUGAACCCGCGCGCCUCUCCCGUGAACUCUUCGGCGGAUCCACAGACUCGCAUCCACAAGUGGGGCGUUUUUUCCGCGCUCGGCCGCACGUAAUUCCACUUUACAACUACGAUGAGACAACGUGGCGGGGUAACCCGAGGAGAUGCUGCCCUGCAGAAGUGCAGCGGGAGCGCAGGACAGUGACUUCCAGCGGAUCCCCGCGGACGAGUGAAUGCCGCCUCCGAUGUGGAGCUUGUCGCUGUCCGACGCGCGAGUGGUGCUGAAAUUUGGAUGAUGUCUGUUCAGCGACUGCAGGGCUGCCGCUCCCUGCACUUCAACGAGGACAACGGCCGCUUCGUGCUGCUCGCCGUCCUCAUCCUGCUGUACCUGCUGUGCGGCGCUGCGGUCUUCUCGGCCAUCGAGAGGCCCUCGGAGGUGCGGGCUCACGGCCGCUGGAACGGGACGCUCCUCAACUUCAGCGAGACCUUCAACAUCAGCCUGCAGGACCUCAACUCCUUCCUGCGGGAGUACGAGGCUGCCAUCGCCGCCGGCAUCCGGGCUGAUGCUCUGAGGCCGAGAUGGGAUUUUACUGGGGCUUUUUAUUUUGUUGGAACUGUGGUGUCGACUAUAGGCUUUGGAAUGACAACACCUGUGACAGUCGCAGGAAAGGUGUUUUUGAUCUUUUACGGGCUUCUGGGCUGUGCCGCCACCAUCCUCUUCUUCAACCUCUUCCUGGAGCGCAUCAUCACUCUUCUGGCCGUGGUGAUGAAGGCCGUGAGGGAGCGGCGGAUCAGGAACAGCGGUCUCCUCCCGCCGGGCAUCCGCCACGACUUCUCGGCCUACUCCCUCCCAGGGUGGAAGCCCUCUGUGUACCACGUGAUGCUGAUUCUGGGCCUGUCCGCCAUCACCAUCUCCUGCUGCGCUUCGGCCAUGUACACCCCGGUGGAGGGCUGGGCCUACUUGGACUCGCUGUACUUCUGCUUCGUCUCCUUCAGCACCAUCGGCUUUGGGGAUUUUGUCAGCAGCCAGAGCGCGGAAUACGAGUAUCAAACCCUGUACCAACUGGCCAACUUCUUUUUCAUACUGAUGGGAGUGUGCUGCAUCUAUUCACUGUUCAACGUCAUCUCUAUUGUCAUCAAGCAGGUGCUCAACUGGAUGCUUGAGAAAAUGAGCUGCUUGUUUUGCCAGCGUUGUAAUAAGGCCAACGCCUUUCUGGGCAGGCGCAACGCCAUCCGCCCGGGUUCGAAGAGUCGGCGCGGCCGCUUCGGCCAAGUGCCCGACUCCGACGGGCCCUGCGACAGCGACACCGAGGGACGCAGACUGUCGGGGGAGAUGAUCUCAAUGAAAGACUUGGCGGCCUCCAAUAAGGUCUCGCUGGCCAUCAUGCAGAAGCAGCUGUCUGAGUCCGCCAAUGGAUAUCCCAGGACAGUGUGCGGCAGCUCCAGGCACAACGGCUUCUCCGGGGGCGUCGGCGCCCUCGGUAUUAUGAACAACAGACUGGCAGAGACGAGUAACUCCAGGUAG